GCCAGGCGGAGAGGCGAGCCGCCGCUCUUACGGCUUGUCAGUCCUUAAACACAGAGAUAUAUACAGUAUGUAUACUCUAUGUGUGUGUGUGUGAUUUAUACUGCGCUCACCAGGGAAUUUCGGAUAACUAUGACACCACUUUGACCUGAUUCCAAGAGGAAAGAAUAGAACAUGGGAGCCUUAAUUAGAAUCCUGAAAGCUAUUCUUCUUGCUUUCAGUUUUGGCUUCACCAAAUCCUCCGGGCCCCUGCAGUGCUAUAACGAUUACGAUGCCGAGCUAACGUGCACUUUGACCUUGCCUGACCCAGAGGAUUGUUUUGAAAACAAAGCUUCAAUAUUAAUCUCUAAAGACAGAUAUUUUGAAUGCCGCUUUAAUCAAACCCCUACUGGUGCAUGUGAAUGCAGAAUCCAGGAUGUGCCGGGGUUCGUCAUUAUGGAGAUAUUCACAGUAAAUGUCUCGAAGGGAAACAAGAUUUGGCACAAGGAAAAUAUCAGUACCGAAGCGAGCAUUAAGCCCAGGAGACCGAUCAUCACAUCAGUGGUUCCGAAGCCGAACGGAGACUUCUUAAUUACCUUAAACACGACCUACACAAGGGAACCAUUUUCCGAGUCUCUGGUUGUGGAGCUCACGUACGGCGUUGAAGGAAGCAAUAAUAACGUCACAAAGCUUUUAGGAGAAGGUCAUACCACAUAUGAGAUUGUAGGCAGGAACCUUCAACCUAAUGCCAAGUAUAUUUUAAGAGCAAGAGUGAAAUCAAACUAUCCCCCUAAUAAGGUGUUCAGUGACUACAGUGAAGCACAUGUCUUCAGAACAUUGCUUUCACUACAAAACAUUCUGAAGAUAAUACUCCCCAUCUUAUGUCUCAUUCUCAUCAUUUGUAUAUUUUCAAUCUACUUCUGGUUCAACAGAAUCCUAAAACCAUGGUGGGACAAGAUUCCUACUCCCAAAUUCUCUUCUAAUUUUGUAAAACAGGUCCCACAGUUGCUGUCGUUUCAAAACGAGUUGUCGUCUGUCAGUCCUGUUUCCACAGAAAAACUCAUGGCCAAAAAGAUAAGUGUGGAAUCCUCCCACGUCCAGGGUGAGAACAGCCACUCUAGUGUCCGCCUGGGGAAGGGCACGGAUUCAGUACCACUGAUCUAUUCCUCAACAAGCUACGAGCACGUCAACGAGAAGGAGAACAGCUCAGAUAAGUGGUUCGAGUUUGAUAAGGAGCCCCAUUCUACAACCACCACUGAAUCUUAUAAAAAUGAGAAGUCUUAUAAAUUAAGCUCGGGAAUGAGCAACAGGACCUACUCGCAAUCGAGCUCCAGCAGCUCAUUCUUUUUUAAACAGCCAGUUAGUCAAAUCGACCAGACCGAGAACAUCCUCUUAUCACCCGAGCUCCUGGACCCGACGAUAGAGAUAGAUUUUGACUACAGCAUGUGGAACGGAUGUACCGAGUCUGGAAACUCCAAACUGAUCCACAUCACACCCCAGACCGAUGAGACGCCUGUGGUUCUGGGAUAUGAGAGCUUGGGUGAGGUGUGCGACCACAACGCUCUUCGUUCUUUUAACGAUCCAUUCUCAGAGAAGCCAUUUAGCAUCAAGAAACCAGAGAACGCUCUGUUUUCUGUGCAUGACAGCCUCCCUAUUCCAAUGGAUGAAGGGUAUCAAUGUGUAGCCUGAAACACUGGAGAAUGGAAGAGCAUCGCAAAGUCAGAAUUUGAUUAGAAAGCCUCUCAGGGCAAUAUCAUGGCAAAUGAUCAUAAUUCUGAUUUGCAUCUCUUUCAGGCAUUCAAAUGGACUCAGGGUUUGAUAGAACAGUCCAGGGCGGGACUUCCUUAGGUAUAUUUAUAGUCGCAUGUUAAUUUCCUUUGUAUUUGUCAGCAUUCAUAUUUGAAUGGAAAUUUGCAGUAGUGCCACACUAUGAAAAUGAGCAUCACAAGAGGUCUUUAACUUAACUUCAAAUGUGCAUUAUUAUGCAGAGUUCUGAAAAUUAUCAUUUCAUGUAAAGAUAAUGAAAAGGUUAAUGAAAAGAUAAUUGUUUCAAUAUGUUGACGUUAUUAAAUAAAGUCUU